CAGUGACAUCAACGUUCAAUCUAUAUUUCUUUUUGAUGGAUAGAAUCAAUCGAAGGACAGCUAAUGAACCCUUGAGGAACAGCUAAUGAGGCCAAAACCAGCAGGGGAAAAAGAAUGGAAAGAGACAAAACCUAAAGCUUACUGAAGGCAGCAACUCUCUGGGUGUAUAUAUGCAUUCAUCGAGCAUCAAAUGAUCUCUCACAACACAGUGGACUGAAGAAGCUGUGAGACUCUUUUCCUCCAUCGACAGAGUACACAAUCAGAUCCGAAGGAGAUGAUCACAGAGCCACUCUUGAGCAGCCCGAAGGGUGGCAUAAGAGCCUUGUUUUUCAUCAUAGCAAAUGAGGCACUGGAGAGGCUAGCAAGUUUUGGGCUAUCAACAAAUAUGAUACUGUAUUUGACAAGAGAGUAUGGUAUGGAUGCAGCUAGCGGUGCCCAAAUACUCUUCCUCUACUCAGCUGCUGGGAAUUUCAUGCCAAUUAUUGGGGCUUUUCUUGCUGAUACAUAUGUGGGUCGAUACCCGAUGAUCGGCUUUGGAUGUAUUGCGAGCCUUCUGGGAAUGGUUCUAUUGUGGUUGACAACAAUAAUUCCUGGAGCGAGGGUGCCUUCUUGCGCCCAAUUUAGUAGCAAUUGCAAUAACGACGCCACGACACCACAACUUUUGUUUCUAUAUUUUUGCUUAGGCCUCAUGUCCAUCGGAGCUGGUGGCAUAAGAUCAUGCUCCCUGGCAUUUGGUGCUGAUCAAUUGAGCAAGAGGGACAGCCUUAAACAUGCUGGAAUAUUAGAGAGCUUCUUCAGUUGGUACUAUGUUACAUCCUCAGCUUCUGUAUUUAUUUCCAUGACUUGUAUAGUUUACAUUCAAGACACCAUGGGCUGGAAGGUGGGUUUCGGAGUUCCUGUGGUUCUCAUGAUCCUGUCAACUCUUUCGUUCUUCUUGGCUUCUCCCAUUUAUGUCAAACCAAAGGCUAAGGCAAGCUGGCUCAUCGGAUUUGCUCGAGUUCUCGUGGCCUCCUAUAGAAAGAGAAGGAUUGAAUUAUCUUCACUAAACACGGAUGAGCUAUAUCAUCAUAGGAAGGGAUCUGCACUUGUCGUGCCAAGUGAAAGAAUAAGGUUUCUAAACAAAGCUUGUGUUAUUAAGAAUCCUGGAGAAGACUUGAUGCCAGAUGGAAGAGCUUCAGAUCCAUGGACUCUUUGUACAGUAGAUCAAGUAGAAGAGCUAAAAGCACUAAUAAAGGUAAUCCCAAUAUGGUCCACAGGGGUCUUGAUGUCUAUAAAUGUUCUCCAACACUCUUUUAUAGUCCUCCAGGCAUCAACUAUGGACAGGCACAUUACUUCAAAAUUCCAAGUUCCUGCUGGCUCCUUCACUGCAUUUCAGUUAUUUUCUUCAGUAAUAUGGAUUGCUCUCUACGAUCGUGUAGUCAUCCCUCUAGCAUCAAAAAUCAGGGGAAAACCAAGUCGUCUCGGCUUAAAACAAAGAAUAGGAAUUGGCAUCCUAUCAUCAUCUGCUGCAAUGGCAGCAUUGGCAAUUAUAGAGAGUGUUCGGCGAAAAACUGCGAUCGAAGAAGGAUUUUAUGAUGACCCUAAUUCCGUGCUGCACAUUUCAGCAUUGUGGCUAUUGCUAUACUUUUUCAUAACCGGAUUUGCUGAGGCUUUCUGUGGUAUUGGACAGAAUGAGUUCUUCUAUACUGAAUUGCCUAAGAGCAUGUCUAGUGUAGCCUCCAAUCUGUUCGAGAUGGGACUGUCUGUUUCCAACUUGAUAGCAAGUUUGCUAGUAACUAUUGUCCGCAACUUCUUCAAGGGAAACGAUCAGGAGAGCUGGCUUUCAAGCAACAUUAACAAGGGACAUUACGAUUACUAUUAUUGGCUUCUUGCUGGUUUGAGUUUGGCCAACUUCAUAUAUUAUCGUGCUUGUUGCAAGGCAUAUGGUCCUUGCAAGGGACAAGAAGGCAAUACUACCGAUGGAGGGGAAGCCUUGACAGAUGAGGAUUAGUGGUUAAAAAUGAUGGAAUUGUGUUAGAUUCCAUGUAUGAUUUAUAGCUGGAUCUUCAUCUUUGUCCAUGAUAGCCACUUUGGAAUGAUUGGGAGGAAAUUCGAAGGUCCUGAAUAAACAGCUGUCUAUUUUAUGAAUAUUCCAAUAUUUGAUUAUUUUCAUUUAUUUCAA